AUGAAAGACACGCUGACCGCAACUACUUCACGCGCAUACACCGCCCUCGCCUUCUGCAGCAAUCCAGGCAGAACCCCUCCGCGACUACUCAUCCUUGGAGAAUCGCCCGGCGCGACUUCAACGACCCCUCCUCCGCCCCCGACCCACCCACCAACACCUCCGCGCUCGCAUACGAUCGUCUGCACCUCGCAGCUCCACUCAACAACACCACCACCUCUCACCACAUUCACCACAUUCACCACAUUCACCACAUUCACCACAUUCACCACUUUCACCACUUUCACCACUUUCACCACUUUCACCACAUCCACCACAUCCACCACAUCCACCACUACCACAAUGGCCGACGUCGCCACCGCACCGAACCCCUCCCAGCAGGUCCCGCUGGACACGAUCCCCAUCUCGCCUGUCGAUGGCAACUCGUCCUCUGAGGGCCAGGAAAAGUCGUCUACCGGCGCCACCGCAGAUGACAACGCUGUCCGCACCGUCUUCCACGACCCCGAGAAUUUCAACGUCAAGCACCCGCUCAUGAACACAUGGACUCUGUGGUUCACUAAGCCCCCAAGCGGAAAGGGUGACAACUGGGCCGAGCUGCUCAAGGAGGUCAUUUCAUUCGACUCCGUCGAGGAAUUUUGGGGCAUCUACAACAACAUCACACCGACAUCUGACUUGGCGCUCAAGUCUGACUACCACCUCUUCAAGAGGAACGUCCGCCCUGAGUGGGAAGACUCGCAGAACAAGCACGGCGGCAAGUGGGCAUUCCAAUUCAAGGACAAGAAGGCCAUCAACAUCGAUGCGCUCUGGCUCCACGUCAUGCUGGCUGCCAUCGGCGAGAAUCUCGAGGAUGAGGACGACAACGAGGUCAUGGGUGUGGUCGUCAACGUGAGGCGAGGAUUCUACCGUAUUGGUCUGUGGACACGCUCGGUUGGCCGUGCCAUUCCUGGUGAGUCAGGCAAGGGCAGGACACAAGAACAAGGCAAGGAGACACUCCAGAAGAUCGGCAAGCGAUUCAAGCAGGCUCUCCAGCUCAAGGAGAAUGAGCCCGUCGAGUUCUCAGGCCACACUGAUGCUGCCCACUCUGGCAGCACCCGUGCCAAGGCCAAGUUCACCGUCUAA